CAAACGCGUUGUCAUGGUAACGUUGACAACAUAAACUUCGAAUAACCUGUAUAUUUAACCUGUAUCGCUUCUUUUGGAUAAAUAAGAUUUAAGGAUGUCUAAUCUAAGCGGCUAUGAUAGCGAAGCGGUAGGCUUCGACUCAGUAAGCACUAACAAGCGGUCGGAAACCACCAGUUCUACGCAGACCACCGAGUUUGGUGAGACCGGCACGGGGUGCCAAACUAAUUUGUCCAAAGAUUCGGGAUGCGUUGUCACUCCUGAUGAUUUGAACGCGCAGGAGGCUACGCUUCAUGAAUACCCCCCUCCAGGCCUAAAUCAGUUUUUAAGGCGAGUUGUACCUACUAUGUUAGAGCAACUAGACCAACGCGAUCAAGAGUUUUUCUCAUCUGAUUCCGACGAAGAAGAUGUCGCCACAGCUAAACUGUUUCAAGAAAUAAAAGUAAAUACAGACACGCCCCACGGCGCCGGUGACCAUCAGAGCUCCAGAGUCCUCGAUCUCAGUUUCAGCAGCGCAGGUAACUCUCUAGCUGUGUCUGUAGGAAAAUCUCAGCAUGAAGAAUGGUGUGAGCACUCUGGUUUGAUUCGGAUUUACACAGCCAAGCGCUCUGCAAAUGACAACUUUGUUCAUUCCUUAGAUAUUACUGAGAAAAAUUGCGUGAGCGUGGUUAAAUAUCAUCACAGCAUGCCGCUUUUAGCUUACGGAACAAGCUCUGGAGAAGUGGUUUUCUGCAGCACUAAAUUAGGCUCUAAUACAGUUGAAGAAAAUGUGCAAUUGACUUCCCCUGCUGGCUGCCACGGAUCUAAACGGGUCUCUUUCCUAAUGUGGGUGGACUCUACUCUAACCAAUACAUAUUUGACCAUGCAUGUAGUGAAUACUGGUAAACGCAGAUGUGGCUCCGAUCAAGUCUUAAUUUCUUCUGGCAGCGAUGGAACUAUAAACGUAUGGCAGGUGAAUGCUAAUCCAGGAAAAUUCGAGAAUAUUUACUGCUACAGCGUCAACGGUUCACGUAAGUUGGUGACGCCAGAUAUAACCUGUUUCGAUUUUGUGAAAACGUAUCCGCUUCGACCUUGGGACGAGAAGAUUUCUGACGAUAUAUUUGUUGUCGGAACGAAAUGUGGGAAGCUGUAUUUGUGUAAGAUAAAAUCGUUUGAGGCGAUUGCGGACAGCGCGAUGGUGGACCCUGUGUUCGAGGUGCUGGAAGGGCACAAGAGUUGCGUGUUGAGCGUGGUGUUCAGCCCGCAGAAGCCGGGGGUGUUCCUGUCUGUCUCUAUGGAUUCGGAGCUGAGAUUGUACCACGUCAAUCAACUCAGUCCUUUGAAGAUAAUUUGUCUGGACGUGCCACUGACGUGCGCAGCGUGGGUGCCCGGCGCGCUCACCGCCGUGGUGUGUGGAGCCGCCGACGCCGACUGUACCGUGUGGGACGUGGCUCGGAAUAGGGCGGCCUGCGUGCUCCGUGGAGACGCGCUGUGCAUCGCCGUCACACACGCGGGGAGUAGUCGCGUGGCGGCAGGCGACGGCGGCGGCAACGUGCGUGUGUGGGACUUGCCACCGAGGAAGAGACUAGCGGAAGACUUGCUGUUUUAACUCCUUAUACAACGUAGGCUUAUACAACGUCAUAAGCGUCGCCACAGAAUAAAUAAUACUACUAGGUACAAAAGACUCACUCUCUAACAAAACGCGUCUGUUACGAUCUGGACAGAUAUGGCCGCUAGGUGGCGACAGCGCCACGCGCCGCUUAUGGCUAGCCACCAAAAUUGGUGUGGAACGGAUGUACUUGUUGUACCUGUUGCAAAGCGACGAAAUCGCGGAGUGAGCCACGCCUGACGUCGCAUUAACGUUAACAUAUCCUUAUUUCUAUGGUAACAAUGGUGUGUCACGAUC